GUGGCUGGGUAAGUCAUCCCAUCACUAGGCGAGAAAAAACCCGGCACCAUCCAAAUGUCCCACCAAAACAGUCUUUGCACCCUCCAGAGACCUGGUUGUCUGUAUAAGGAUCCAUACAAUACAAGGUACCGAGCUCGGUGUGUACCAUUGUAUCAUCAAUAGCUGACCGUGGCAGGUCAGAGUCUCGGCAAGAUUCACUACACGACGUGGUCCCGUUUCUGCGCCGUCCGCAACACCGACAACAUCAUGAUAUCGGAGACGGAUGCUAGAUACCUGCGUCGAUGCAUCGAGCUGGCUCGUCAAGCGGCUCAGGCGGGGGAUGGUGCCUUUGGGUCAGUCCUGGUGGACGCAGCAGGCGAGGUCUUGAAGGAAGAUCGCAACCGGACGGUCACCAACUCAGACUUCACGCUGCACCCGGAGUUCACGCUGGCCAAAUGGGCCCAGGAUAAUCUCAACCCAACGGAACGCGCCUCUAGCACUGUUUAUACCUCUGGCGAGCACUGCCCGAUGUGCGCGGCUACCCAUGCAUACGCGGGCCUUGGCAGGAUCGUAUACGCUAGCUCGUCCGAGCAACUCGUACAAUGGAAGACAGAAUCUGGGCUGUCCCUGGGCCCAGUUGCGCCGCUCCCGAUCAACCGGGUAGCACCGGAUAUACCAGUCGAGGGACCUGCACCGGGUCUAGAUGAGGAAAUUCGUGAACUGCAUCGUCUGGGUUGGAGUCGAAAGGCGGCAUAGGCAUGCUUCGCGAUUGAGAUCGCUAUUUACGUAUGACCCUAGAGAGGAAGGCUGGUGGCCA